GCGGCGGCGGGCCCGGUGGUGGUGUCGGCGGGGCGGCCAUGCUGCUCACCGUGUUCUGCCUGCGCCGCGACCGCAGCGAGCUCACCUUCUCCCUGCAGGUGGACGCCGACUUCGAGCUGCAGAACUUCCGCGCCCUCUGCGAGCUGGAGUCCGGCAUCCCGGCGUCUGAGAGCCAGAUAGUCUAUGCGGAGCGGCCGCUGACUGACAACAACAGAUCUUUGGCCUCCUAUGGGUUGAAAGACGGGGAUGUGGUGAUCCUCCGACAGAAAGAGGCCGUGGAGCCACGGCCCUCCAUCCGCUUCCCAGGUCUGCCCAGGAUAGACUUCAGCAGCAUCGCAGUUCCGGGCACGUCCACGCAGCAGCAGCAGCAGCAGCCUCCAGCGCAGCGCCUGCGCCCGUCGCCUCCCGAUGCCCCCUCAUUCCCGCAGGGGCUGGACAACCCGGCGCUGCUCCGGGAGAUGCUGCUCGCAAACCCCCACGAGCUGUCGCUGCUGAAGGAGAGGAACCCGCCCUUGGCAGAGGCGCUGCUGAGCGGAGACCUCGAGAAAUUCACCAGGGUGUUGCUGGAGCAGCAGCAGGACCGAGCCCGCCGGGAGCAGGAGAGGAUCCGGCUCUAUUCAGCUGACCCUUUUGAUCUCGAGGCACAGGCCAAGAUAGAAGAAGACAUAAGGCAACAAAACAUUGAAGAAAAUAUGACGAUAGCAAUGGAAGAGGCCCCAGAGAGCUUUGGGCAGGUGGUGAUGCUGUACAUUAACUGCAAAGUCAACGGACAUCCAGUGAAAGCCUUUGUUGACUCAGGUGCCCAGAUGACCAUCAUGAGCCAAGCCUGUGCUGAAAGGUGCAACAUUAUGAGGCUGGUAGAUCGACGAUGGGCUGGCAUUGCUAAAGGUGUAGGGACACAGAAGAUCAUCGGUAGAGUGCACUUAGCUCAGGUCCAGAUUGAAGGGGAUUUCCUUGCGUGCUCCUUCUCAAUCCUUGAAGAGCAGCCCAUGGACAUGCUUCUAGGACUGGAUAUGCUUAAAAGGCAUCAGUGCUCCAUUGAUCUCAAGAAGAAUGUACUGGUGAUUGGCACGACAGGCUCACAGACCACGUUCCUCCCAGAGGGCGAGCUCCCAGAGUGUGCCCGGCUGGCGUAUGGGGCCGGGCGGGAGGACAUCCGGCCGGAGGAGAUCGCAGACCAGGAACUAGCAGAAGCAAUACAGAAAUCCGUCGAGGAAGCAGAGAAUAGUGACAAAGAAACUACCUCACUGGAAAUGCCCUCAUUACCAGCUUCUGAUGGGUUUCAAAAUCCAGUCCAGUCUUCAGGACUAAAUUCCAAGAUCUGUAAUCCCACAAAUCAAUUACUUGAUCGUUCUGUCUCUGCCCCUGCUUCAGUUUGCUCAUCCGAACCCAGCCUCACGGAGCCCAUUGAUCCUAGAGCCGUCAAGUCUUUGGAGUCUUCAACUGAAUGCCAGAUAACCCCAGAAGAAGAACAUCCUCUAUUAUCACAACAUCUUUCCAGUAAUGCUUCCUUGGCAAAUAAUGACCCUUCUCCCCAGCCAGGGGAGGUGCCCUGUUGCAGUCCAGCUUGCCUUUCACAGAAGACACUCAAAGAAGCACUUAUUGCUGACAGUCAAAAGGAAUGUAAAGCUGAAGAACAAGACCGUGGUCAGGAAUGUCCUUUGGAAGUGACAAAAGCAAAUAGUUUGGCUGACACUGCUGCUGAACAUGGGCAAAAUAAAGAUGUAUGUCUGUCUUCAGAACAGGAGGGGAAGCGUGAGCUUCCCAUAGUGCAUCAGACACACAAAGAACCAGAGAAGGAACACCUGGAGGAGCAAACUGAGACAACUGACCCAGAACCUCCUUGCCAUGUUGGUGAGGUUGAGAAACUUGUUGUGGAAGAAGCCAGCCAGAUGGAAAAUCCUCCUGUGGAAGUGAGAGGAGGUGAACUGGAGAAACCAGGUCUUUCCUGUGGGAAAGGGAGUAUCCAAAUGUCAGCCUCCUUCAGCUGUACACAUACGGAAGCCUUAAUGGAAGUAGAUGUGGUUGAGCAGGCUGCAGCUGAAGCGCAGAGCUCAACAAGUGAGCAGAAGCAGCAGGCUGGGAACAGAAGUGGGUCCAACCUGAACUCGGAUGCCUCUUCCAUGGAAGUGGAGUCACUGAAAUCUGCAUCCUCCUUGAGUGAUCCGCUUUCCAUCGGUGGCGUUCCACAGUCUAAAAGCACUGGUGGGAUUCCUGCAAAGUAUACUGAGUUGUGUAAUCAGCUGGUGGCUGAAGGCAGCUCUUCCCCUUCCAGCAUCCAUCAGCUGGACAUGGAUCCAGGAAGAGCUUCCGAAGAGCGAUGUUUCUCUCUUGCAUCAGCCUUGAAAGAGCUUCACAAACUCUUGGUUACCAGUCGGAAAGGAGAAUGUAAAAUCCUUGCCUCUGAAGAAGUCUCUCAGCUGGAAAUGGCUCACACAGGGCCAGCAGCACAGCAGAAGGGGCUUUCUGAAGAUAAGCAGAAAGGCUCGGAUCCAGAACUGAGUUGUUCCUCCUAUGAGGUGAGGUCUGAAGGCAGAAAAGCAGAGGAGAAAGAGCCUUGUGAUUGUGGCAUCGAGAACAUCAGCGCUGGGUCUGGUGGUCACAAACAGUCUGCUCUUGGAGAAGGUGCUUCUGAGGUUCAGAAGCUUUCAGGUAAGAGUGAUUUGGUCAUGGUGGAUUCUGCAGCCACAUCUGACCAGCAGCAGAGCUCUGAGCAGGAGGAGGUUUUGGCAGGAGGUCAUCAGAGUCCAGCUGGUCCUGCCCUGGAGCAGAAGACAUCCGUUUCCUCUGCACCCACUGUGGGUGAGGGUGCACCUCAAGAUACUCAGAGCCUGUGCACAGGAGCACCCGGGAGGAGCAGCAGUUCUGCUCCAGAAGGUCCCUGCCUGGGUGGGUGUGAGGAACCAGUGCAGAACCCACCAUCGGCCUGUACUGGACUUGCCUUGGGAGCUUCUCCCCUCCCUGCCUUCCCUGUGGCUGAUGUUGAUCGGAUCCUUGGUGCUGGUUUUACCAUGCGGGAAGCUCUUGAGGCUUUGCAACAAGCAGAUGGAAACACGGAUCUUGCUCUCCUCAUCUUGCUGGCUAAGAGUAUCGUUGUUCCUACAUAACCACGGAAGAGGUAGCUGACUGGGGUGUCUUUUCUUUUAAAGGACAUAUCCAAAUUACACACCAUGAUGUACAAGCUGAAUGUGAGCCAGGUUUUAAUUCUUUGCAGCCAAAGUAACUUGUCUUUUCUGUUUCACCCGUUAGAUUUGGCCUUUGAAAAGAACAAAAGCGUCCUAGCAUUGUGUGGACAGAAUAGCUUUUAAUGAUGCAUACUGGAUGAAAAUUCAUGGUUUCAAUGUACAAGUUUAGAAUAAGCUCCAAUGUUAUGAAUAAAAAGCAGAAGCCAUUCAGGUGCCUGCCCUGGCCGGCGCAGAGCAGGUUGUGAAGUGAAUUGAGGGUGCGUGUGUGCAGGACAGGAGCUGCACACUGAGCUCGGUGCGGCGCCGGCACGGCAGCAUGUGUCCAAAUGGACUCUGGGAUCUGGCUUAGCUCUCCUGUGCUUCAUAACCCAACGUCUGUGACACGUGAAACUACUGUGGCAGCUGCUAAAGGUCUGUAGAUGCCCACAGAUGUGUAGUGCUUUGCAGGAGGAGCACCGGGCGAGGGGGGGUUGGAUAUGUGUGGUUUUGCGUGUGCACAGGGAAGGCUGAUGCCUAUUUUUGCCAAACCCUUUUCUGCUCUUGGGCCAGUGUGUUCAAGUUUACAACAUGGGGAUAGAAGAAUGGAAGGGAUAGAAUUUGGUGCUACCAAAACUUAAAAAGAGACGUUUUAACUUAUUUGAAGAUGCGCUGGUAUUAAUUGUAGGGGCGGGGAUGGAAAAGGAGUGGUUUACAUUUUCUUUCUAGCCUUGCCUACACGGUGUUCCCCCCAGACAAAAGAACAAGCUCAACCACUUUAAGGCAAAAUGAUGGAAUUAUAACAAACCAUCCAUGUGUUACAGCUCCCUCUGCCCGGGGAAGAAUGAACUGUUGCAGUGCAUGCAUUCUCUAUGCACCAAGCAGGGGGUGAUCAGGAGAAUGAAGAAAUCUGCUUUGCACUAGUUUUACCUGGAUGUUUGGGGAUGAUCAGCCUCUCAGCUGUGGAAAUGCAAACUGGGGGGCACCAGCAGGAGCUGGUGGGUACUAAUUUAAUACCUCUUCAGAGAGCGAGGGCUCCCCAAUAGGGUUUAUGAAACAAAUGCACUGAUGUGGCUUCUGUAUUAACAAUAGUGGCCUUCUGGGAUGUCCCGGGUGAGUGAUGAGGACUCACCAAGGCUGUGCUGUAGGAAGCCCUUUCCAGAUGUUGUUUUUGGAGGGAUAAAGUACUCUGUGAUGCUCUGCAAAGCCCCAAAACCAUGUUGGGGCUGGGGAAGGGGAAGGAAAGUGUGGCUGAAAAAUGAUACCAAAUUUGAAGUAGGAACUUUUCACUUGGUCCCACUUGCAAAUGGCAGAAGUGGCUUUGUGUCAAGUGUUCAUCUGGAAUCUUCUGCUUUGAGCUACACCUGAAGCGAUGGGUCAGCAGCAGCUGGACACAUGUUUCUGUCAUGGCUUUCAUUUGUUGCCAUCAUUGUCUCUGGCCUGUGUUCCUGGUGUUUUGCUUUCCCUGUUGCUUGGCAGAUUUGCUUCCAUGUGUGCGAGGUUUGUUUUUGUGCAGGGUGGCAUUGAAAAACCAGCACAAAUUUGGUUUCAUCUGUGAACUCGCAGGAGUCCGUGGUGUCGGUGAGCUGUGGUUGUCAGGCUUUUCUUAGAUCUUUGGGCAGCCAGGAGGUCCUUUAAGAGGAACCAACAGCUUUAAGGCAUUCCUCUGUCUGUCAAAUGGAGCUUUUGCAUGCACUGUGAGGGUACCAGGUAGGCCUUGGGCUCCCAGAUGUGUUUAGCUUAUAGCCUGCUCCUUCUGAUGCUGGCAGCAGGCAGUGCUCUGCUGUUUGGGAACCCUUUGCCAGAGCAGCAUUGAGUAAUUCACUUGAGGCUCUGUUCAGAACGACUUACUGAGGCAAGAACACAGCUUUAGCAUCUUCACUGGGCAGGUGGUACGUGUUACCCUUGCUGAAGUAUUAUCUUUUUUUACAUACUCUCCUUGCAGCAAGCACCUCAAAUCAGCGAAAGCCCCCUCUGAAAAGGGUAACGCUUGGACUGGUGCGGGAGUACAGUGUCAUCAGAUGUCCCUCUAGAAGCCUUAGGAAAUAAGAUAUAUUAGACCCAUUCCCAUCUGCAUCUGGUUCACUAUCAAAAGCAGCAACAAGAAUGAGGCUCUCAGAUCAGAGCAUCCUCAGUCUAACCAGCUGAAUCUGCUCCUCAUUGACACCCUGGGGCUCAGUGAGGUGGUCCUAGGGGCAAACCCCCAUCUGGUGCACAGACACCAGCUGCAGGUCGGCCCUCGGAUGCAUGAGAGCUGAAUUUGCACCCUUAGCCUGCAGCCAGCUUCUGGAAGCAUCAGAUAGUGGCUAUUCAGUGGUAUAUACCCUUUUUGUAUUUACACUUCAUGGUUUUAGAAGCGAUUGCUAAUAGCUAGACAAAGUACCACUGCUUCGCACCAAGCUGGUUAAAGGCUCUAGUUUUAUGGCCUCAUUUACUCAGAGUGCAUAUACAGAAUUUAUGCUAUAAAAGCUUUAGAGCAGCAGCCAAUUUGCUUCAAUGCUUAGAUUUAUUCUUUGUCAAAUAUCAUUUCUGAAAUCUGCCCUUCUGCCAAAGCUGUUACUGAAGCGUUUAUCAAUAGUGCUAGAAUUUCCUGGGUAGCUUUCUCUGGACUGCUAGAAACAGCCUGACCCCAACUGAGAAAUACUUCUAAACCUAUUCUGAUCAAGUUAGUCCAAGCCUGGUGAUUUAAAUCUCUUCAUUUCAGAGCCUUGCUUUGAGUGAAUGGCUAUGUGCUGCUAAACUAGAGAAUCAGGUUUUUAGGAGCAAGAUUUAGGUUGGAGAAAACUGGGGCCGUGGUGAGUAUUUAAGGUUAAAGGUAAUAGAACAUGUAUUUAGUGAACAUUGUCUAAAAGUUGUCUUCUGUUUCAACAUGCAUGUGUGUCCUCUCUGCUGUACGCACACAUCUUUUGCUCAGCCUUUAGCAGUCUCUCAACUGAUCCCUGGCCUACAAAGUGGGAAUACCUCUAUGUAGACUGCUACAGCUUGUUGGCUAGAGCAGGGGAUCAAGGCAACACCAAAAGCUGUUCAGGUUUCUAAGGAGCCAUGUAUCCUGGCCUCUCUUCACUCUCUUCCCCCUCCUCAUUAAUCACUGCUCCAAUGUACUAAUGUCACAUCAGCUUAGCAAAACUAUUUACAAGUCCAUCUAUAGAGAGUAAAGCAGCACUCAGAGGCUGCUUCAUGAAGACACCAGUGCCUGUGGCAUGCCCCAGUGGGUCUGCAGAGCUCGUUUCGGGGUGUUUGCUGGAGCCACUGUGGUCGUGUCCCUUGCUGUGGGUUUCUGGGAUGUAUUCUUGAGGAUGCCAAAGGAAUUUGCUCAGCCUCUUGCUAAACACGUUUCUGUACUUGAGGCUCUAGGUGAGCUGAGAGGUGAUGUUCAGUGAAACACCCACAUCUGAAAGUUUCUGGGUAUAGAUAAUGGUGACAAGGGGAGGAAAUGUUUCCUGGUGAUGGUUUUACCUGUUGCUGGACAGAGCUGAGCUGCAUUAUCAUGACAAUCUUUGCCUUGUUGCUACGUAUGUUAAACUUCCUACGUAGACACUUGGUCUCCAGGACUGUUAACCUUGUACCUCCUCAAUAUGUUCCCUUCUUCCUGUCUCCCCUCUUGGCGUUUCCUUUCCUCAGAAGUAGCAAUAUUUAAGUGUACUUGCUGAAUGCUUAACUUCCAGGCAAGUUUUCUUUAACACACUAUGCCAUUUACAAAUAAGAGGAGGAGCAGAUCCUAGAGGUUUCUUCACCAGACUUGGACUUCUUGCUGAAUGGCUCCCCAGAACUCUAACAUGGAUUGAAAGAGGAGAAAUCCAGAGGUAUAUUCCUGUCUUUCUCAGAAGUCAGCUUGGGAAGUGGGGUUGGUUUGGGGACAUCAUUCCCCUCUGAAGCAUUCAAGAGAUUUCUUCCUGCACUGUGUAGACGAGGCUUAGUCCGUGAUCCCAAUGUGUAGCAGUUUGGGUUACUCUUUGAUGCUUUUUAGCUUAAGAGUUUUACAGACUCACUUAAGGAGCUUGAGGGAAUCAAUACUCAGGAAUCCUAAAGCUGGUUGCAUUUGUGUCAUUUACUCUUCUGGGCUGACCACUGCAGCAGUCCUCCCAGGAGGCUGGCAGGAGGAGUGUGGUUGUGGCAGCAGAGAAUGGGAUGUGGUUCUGCCCACAGUAAUACACACUUGAUUCUCUUUUUGAUUUUGAUUAUUUUUUUUUAAUAUUGGGGGACUGUUUAUCAACAAAAUGGAUGUGUAAAAACAUUUGAUAUUUAAAAAAAAAAAAGAAUAAACACUUUAUCAUAA